AUGACUUUUGCGUCCUGUGAAACCAAGAUCAAACGGAAUGGAGCUGACAUCGAGAAGAAAUGCAAGAAAACAAAAGACUGUAAGCCUAAAUGUGACAAGAAAGAUAAGGACUGUACCUUGUGUUGUACUGGAGACUUGUGUAACAAAGACCAAGCUUGUAGCAAAGCGUGUGGAGGAGGCAAGCGAAGCAGGAGCAGAGAGUGUUCAUCGACGGGUGACAUUCCAUGCUCUGACGAUACUACAGAAGAGGAAGACUGUAACACAAAUGCCUGCGCUACAAACGGUCAGAAAUGUUACUUAAGUUAG